GUGGUGAGGUGCUCCACUUCUUUGGCUGUGACGCUGCGCUGGCUCCGAGCCUGGAGCCUUGGGCCACGGGGGAGAGACAGCCUGACAGCGCUCUGACAGAAAGAAACAUUUCAGACCUGCAGAAGGAAAACCAUGGACAGACCAAUGGCUGCUGGCCAGCUUAAAGAGAAAUCAAUGUUCCAGGACAGUGAUGGCAGUUCAGCUCCUGCCAAGACUGUGUGCCAUAAUUGUUCAAAGCUAAAGAUAUUUCUUGGAGCUCUAGCUUUUUCCUUUUUUGCCAAAGGAUUUUCUGGAAGCUACAUGAAGAGCAUGUCCAGUCAAAUUGAAAGGAGAUUUGAAAUCUCAUCAUCGAUUGUUGGCAUUAUUGAUGGCAGCUUUGAGAUAGGUAUGUGUUCUUUGAAAGCGGUUAAGUUAUUCUCAGUAACUUUCACUCCAAAAAGAAAUCUGUAUUUUGUGCUUGCUCUCUCUCCUGUUGAUGCAGGUAACUUAAUGGUGAUGGUGCUGGUCAGCUACCUUGGACCAAGAGUUCAUAGGCCAAAAAUAAUUGCUGUUGGGUGUCUCAUCAUGGCUGUAGGAGCUUUUUUGUCAGUGAUGCCUCAGUUCCUAAUGGGACGUUACAAUUAUGAAAGGAUAACUGUUAGUGUGGACAACUCCACGAGUGUGUCAGCUUGCUCCCCAGGGGCUGAGGGCCCUCCAGCCACAGAUGCUACAGAAACACGCAGUACAGUGAUAAAUGCUGGAUGUGAGAAAACAACAAAUUCCUAUCUGUGGCUUUUUGUGUUGGUGGGGAACCUUCUACGUGGAAUUGGGGAAGCACCAAUUAUGCCUCUGGGAGUUUCAUAUAUUGAUGAUUUUUCUAAAGAAGAAAACUCGGCAUUUUACAUAGGCCUGGUGAGAUCCUCGGGCAUGUUUGGGCCAACGCUGGGCUUCCUGCUGGGCUCCUUCUGCGCCAGCCUCUGGGUUGACGUCGGCGUUGUGGACAUCGACGCCAUCAGCAUAAAUCCUAAAGACAUCCGUUGGGUUGGUGCCUGGUGGCUUGGAUUGAUUAUCUGUGGAGCAGUCAACUUCAUUGCUUCAUUGCCUUUCUGGUUUUUGCCCUAUUCCUUACCAAAAGAAGGAGAGAAUGAAAACUUGAAGAUUGGUCACUUGUCUGUUCAAGGAGAUCCCUGUAAAAUAGACCCACCAGCUCAGCCACAGCUGAAGUUCUCAGAGGCAGCAAAAGAUUUCUUCCCAGCACUCAAAAAGCUGUUUGGAAAUCCAGUUUUUGCGGUGUUCAUCUUCCUGACUAUUCUGCAGUACAAUUCCCUUGUUGGGAUAAUAACCUAUGAGACAAAGUUUAUGGAGCAGCAAUUUAAUGUAUCAGUGGCAAAAGCCAUCUUUUUAAUUGGUGUGAUACUUCUACCUGUCACAAUCCUGGGCAUGUUUCUAGGAGGCUUCCUGAUCAAGAAAUUCAAGCUUCACAUAACUGAAAUGGCCAAGUUUGCAUGCAUCACCUUUAUAGUGGCGUAUUUGCUCAACCUCUUGUACUUCACGUGCAGCUGCGAGGUGCUGCAGGUGGCCGGUCUGACAGCGCCCUACUCUGGAAUGAAGCACCUUUCCUCCAGCAAGCACAUUUACAUGGCCAGCUGCAACGCUGAGUGCAGCUGCAAGGUGGACCAGUGGGACCCUGUCUGUGGGGAUAAUGGGAUCACAUACAUGACAGCCUGCUUUGCAGGGUGUAAAUCAUCAUCUGGGACAGGAAGGAAUAUGGUGUUUCACAAUUGCAGCUGUGUGGAAGGACAAGGGCUCGGGCUUGGCAAUUCCUCUGCAGUUCUGGGACAAUGCCAAAGAGAAAGCUGUACCAAAGCCUUUCCCUAUUUUUUAGCAUUACAGACUGCAUGUGCAUUUAUUUUAGCCUUAGGAGGCACUCCUACAUACAUGAUUAUGUUUAGAUCUGUUUCUCCAGACCUGAAAUCCUUUGCUGUUGGGAUAGAAACUUUGGGUGGUAGAAUAUUAGGGGGACUCCCAGCCCCUAUUUAUUUUGGGGCCUUGAUAGACGAGACCUGCUUGAAAUGGGGGACAAAAAGCUGUGGGGGAUCGGGAUCCUGCCGAGUGUACGACACAAAAGAAUUCAGGAAUGUCUAUCUUGGCCUUAUUGCAGGACUACGGGCAGGAUGCUGUCUCUUGUACAUAGUGCUCUCUGCUUUAAUAAUGAAACGCUUCAAACCAGAUGGCAAAGAGAUGACAGAUAGUAAAAAUGCAGAAAGAUCAACCAGCAAAGAACCAGAUACUGCCAACAAAAGAGAAAUUCUUCCUGGUUCAAGAACCUCAGAGGACAGCGAGGAAACUUAUAUGUAAAAA